AUGGCUGAUCCUCUUCCUUCAUCUUACCUCCACAUCCUCCGCAGUCGUCGCGUUCAGUUCGAAUCCCUCAUUGAUCAUGGGCACGUGAAACCAGUCCUACUGUGGCAUCUGGUUGCUUUCUUUCUAGUGCUUCCGGCCUCUUCACUUCUAAUUCCUCGUUCAACUCGGGCUUGUUAUUUGCGUCCCCUGAUCCUAGUUCUUCAUCUCGGCAUCUCGGUCGAGACCCUCCAGUCUCGACGCACUCUGCUCGGUGCCAAUGGGUAUAUUGUAGGGCUGAUUGUCGCCUGGUGGUCAAUAUGGGUGAUGACUCUGUUAGUCUUUCACGAUGCCGAACGUGACUUCCGACGCAUCGAGCGCAGGCCAUUGGGGAAAGGAAAUAGUCAAGAAGAGUCGGUCAGUGAGCGCUCAAAGCAGCAUAUUAUUCGAAACCCAGGAGCCCAGAAUGCGAAACCCCAACGGCCACCGAACGAGGAGUAUCCUGAGCCCCUCGCAUGGCAGACAUAUCCUCGCUCAUGGUCGCAUCGUUUCAAUUGGGUUAUGGGUCUGUUGCUCAAUCUGCGAGGCCCCGAGUGGAACUGGCGCAUUUCAAGUGUCGGUCCUUUUCCUGCCUCGAUAAGAACACAGCUCCACCCGAAACAUCGACAAUCGCGAAGCCAGGAACAGCGCAAGAAACCCCCUAAUUAUAGUGAUGGUCGGGCUCGCAUCCGUGCAGUGGCUUUCGGCUUUCUAAAUGCAUACCUGGCCCUGGACGCAAUCAAAGUACUGAUGAUGCGCGAUCCCUAUUUCUGGGGCAUCGUUUCUUUAUCGCAUUCGCCACCGCCACCCCCGAUUAGCUACAUCUUACCCCCCAUUCCUGGCUUGUUUUGCGUCUACCGACUCGCUCUUUCCGGAAUUGGGAUUUAUGCAGCCCUUGAUUUCGUUACCGCUCUGAACCCUCUUUUCUUCUUGGGACUCUCCUGCGCAUUUCCCAAUGCCUCCCGCGCUCUCACGGCUGUCCCGUUGGACGCUCCCUGGCUAUAUCCAGAAGCCUUCGGCCCCUUCCUAGCCUCCGUCCUAGACCACGGCCUCGCUGGGUGCUGGAGUCGGUGGUGGCAUCAACUCUUCAGAUUUGGUUUUCUCUCGACCGCCCAGUGGCUAAUCUCGUGGCUGCCGCGGCGACUAGCUUCCCAUGCUGGUAUCCGUCGAUUCCUUCUGACCUUAAUCGUCUUUAGCCUGAGCGGUUUGAUCCACGCCAGCGGGAGCUACACUCAGUUCGAAGAAACGCGGCCCUUGUCCGGCACAUUCCUCUUCUUUCUUUUGCAGGGGGCAGGUCUCUUAAUCCAGGACUUGGCUUCUAGGAUUUUGCCAUCAAAGUCACUUCCUCGUUGGCUUUGUCGGACGGCAAAUGCGUCAUUCGCGUUCGGGUGGCUCGUCUUCUCAGGUGGCUAUAUUGCGGACGAUUUCUCGAAAGGGGGUCUCUGGUUGACGGAGCCGUUGCCGCUCAGUCUGUUGCGCGGGUUAGGAUUAGGGCUGGGCGUCGAGGGCGAGGGUUGGUGGUGCUGGAGUGAACCGUGGUUCAAGUGGUGGGAUGAUGGAACAUACUGGGGACGAGGGGUGCGGUUAAUGUGA